GAGAGGGCUCUCUGAAGCGAGACGCUGGGCUGUGGGAGCCGCUCGCAGGGAGGGUCGAAGUCAUGAUUCCCCCGCAGGAGGCGUCCGCCCGGCGGCGGGAGAUCGAGGACAAGCUGAAGCAGGAGGAGGAGACGCUGUCCUUCAUCCGAGACAGCCUGGAGAAGAGCGACCAGCUCACCAAGAAUAUGGUGUCUAUCCUGUCAUCCUUUGAAAGUCGCCUUAUGAAGCUGGAGAACUCCAUCAUCCCUGUGCACAAGCAGACGGAGAACCUGCAGCGGCUGCAGGAGAAUGUCGAGAAGACCCUGUCCUGUCUGGACCAUGUCAUCAGCUACUACCACGUGGCCAGUGACACUGAGAAGAUCAUCAGAGAGGGGCCCACAGGUAGGCUAGAGGAGUAUCUGGGAAGCAUGGCCAAGAUUCAGAAGGCUGUGGAGUAUUUCCAGGACAAUAGCCCAGACAGCCCAGAGCUCAACAAAGUGAAGCUGCUGUUUGAGCGGGGGAAGGAGUCACUGGAGUCCGAGUUCCGCAGCCUGAUGACCCGGCACAGCAAGGUGGUGUCCCCAGUGCUCAUCCUGGAUCUGAUCGGUGGUGAGGAUGACCUGGAGCUCCAGGAGGAGGUGCCCCUGGAGCACCUGCCCGAGAGCGUGCUGCACGACGUGGUCCGCAUCUCCCGCUGGUUGGUGGAAUACGGCCGCAACCAAGAUUUCAUGAACGUCUACUACCAGAUCCGCUCCAGCCAGCUGGAUCGCUCCAUCAAAGGCCUGAAGGAGCAUUUCCGGAAGAGCAGCUCUUCCUCUGGGGUCCCCUACUCCCCUGCCAUCCCCAACAAGAGGAAAGACACACCCACCAAGAAGCCGGUCAAGCGGCCAGGGACGAUCCGUAAGGCUCAGAACCUUCUGAAACAAUAUUCCCAGCAUGGUCUAGAUGGGAAAAAGGGGGGCUCUAACCUCAUUCCUCUGGAAGGUCACGAGCAUGAUUUCCGAGUUAAGCACCUGUCCGAGGCCCUGAACGACAAGGCCGGGCCGCUGGCCGGGAGAGAUGACAUGCUGGACGUGGAAACUGAUGCCUACAUUCACUGCGCCAGUGCCUUUGUCAAGCUGGCCCAGAGCGAGUACCAGCUGCUGACGGACGUCAUCCCUGAGCACCAUCAGAAAAAGACCUUCGACUCUUUGAUACAGGACGCCCUGGACGGGCUCAUGCUAGAAGGCGAGAACAUUGUGGUGGCCGCCCGCAAGGCCAUCAUCCGCCACGACUUCUCGGCCGUGCUCACUGUCUUUCCCAUCUUGCGGCACCUCAAGCAGACCAAGCCUGAGUUUGACCAGGUGCUCCAGGGCACAGCCGCCAGCACCAAGAACAAGCUGCCCAGCCUCAUCACUUCCAUGGAGACCGUGGGAGCCAAAGCGCUGGAGGACUUCGCCGACAACAUCAAGAACGACCCCGACAAGGAAUACAACAUGCCCAAGGAUGGCACCGUGCACGAGCUCACGAGCAACGCCAUCCUCUUCCUGCAGCAGCUCCUGGACUUCCAGGAGACGGCAGGCGCCAUGCUGGCCUCCCAAGAGACCAGCUCCUCCGCCACCAGCUACAGCUCCGAGUUCAGCAGGCGUCUGCUGAGCACGUACAUCUGUAAAGUCCUAGGCAACCUGCAGUUGAACCUGCUGAGCAAAUCCAAGGUGUAUGAGGACCCGGCUCUGAGCGCCAUCUUCCUACACAACAACUACAACUACAUCCUCAAGGCCCUGGAGAAGUCCGAGCUGAUCCAGCUGGUGGCCGUGACCCAGAAGACUGCCGAGCGCUCCUACCGGGAGCACAUCGAGCAGCAGAUCCAGACCUACCAGCGCAGUUGGUUAAAGGUGACUGACUACAUUGCCGAGAAGAAUCUACCUGUGGUCCAGCCUGGAGUCAAGCUUCGGGACAAGGAGCGGCAGAUGAUCAAGGAGCGUUUUAAGGGCUUCAACGAUGGCCUUGAGGAGUUGUGCAAGAUCCAGAAGGCCUGGGCUAUUCCCGACACAGAGCAGAGGGACAAGAUCCGCCAAGCUCAGAAAAGCAUCGUUAAGGAGACCUACGGGGCCUUUCUAAACAGGUAUGGCAGCGUGCCCUUCACCAAGAACCCGGAGAAGUACAUCAAGUACCGCGUGGAGCAGGUGGGGGACAUGAUCGAUCGCCUCUUUGACACCUCGGCUUGAGCUGCCACUGCCCCUGCCUGGCUCUGCCAGAGCAGCUGUGUUACUGGACAGAUAAACAGAGCACAAUGAAGAUGAUCUGGCUACACGCCACCCCUACCACAUACACAUGGAAGAAGAUGUGGUCAGCAGCCUCCGCCCAGCUCCUUCGGGACCCCUUCCGUGCUCCAGGGGCUUCUGUGUGGGCAGGAAGAGUGAAAGAAGACAGACUGCACGCUCUGCGUGUGCACAAGGGUGAGCCCCAGAGGGUGCUGGUGUGCCCCCCUUCAUCACAUUCACAGCUAAGGAACAUUCGGGUCUGGCCCCUUCUAGUUCAUCGUGAGUUGAAGAAAUGCCCCCUGAGAGAGGCUGUGCAAGGCACAGGGUUAUCCUGUGCUAAGUCACUUCAGUCGUGUCCGACUCUUUGUGACCCCGUGGACUGUAGCCUGCCAGGCUCCUCUGUCCACAGGAUUCUCUGGGGAAGAAUACUGGAGUGGGUUGCCAUACUCUGCUCCAGGGGGUCUUCUCGACCCAGGGAUUGAACCCAUGUCUCUUAAGUCUCCUGCAUUGGCAGACGGGCUCUAUAUCCCUAGUGCCACCUGGGAAGCCUAGAGAGUCUGAAGUCACUGAGCCUUGGGGAGGCUGAUUCUGCUCCCUGCUCCAGACCUGCUGCUUGUGAGCGCAGCCAUGGUGGAGUCCGGGCAGCAGAGCCGGCCGAGAUGGGUGCAGGAACCUCUAAGGAGCCCAGUGACCUGCAGCCCCAGUCUGCCAGCUCUGCCCCUAGGCCUCCUCCUCCACCCCCCCAGGAAGGGGCCCAGCCCCUGCCCACCUUCAGGGUUAGGCCCUGGCUUCCCGCGGUUGUGCUGCUCCCCAUUCAGUGCUGGAAUGGGGCUGUCCUCUGCCCUGAGGUUGCCCCGGGCCAGGAGCCCGGUCAACAGCACAGUCUCGGUGGUGCUGACAAAGAGCAGCAGCAGC